UCCUCCUGGUGCUACUCAUCCUUCUCCCACCUCUUUGUCUGAGGAGUUGGGGCCUGAGGGUCCGUAAUUGGCGUUUGGCCCAAGCCAAAUUGGUUCAUGUGAUGGACCGUGUGUGCGUGUGUGUGUGUGUGAUCGUCUCUGCCCAUCGGCAGCCAAUAUUGUUUGCCAUGCUCAAAGUUGCGUGUGCGCACCAUCACUUCGACACAUCGUUUUGUUUUGCCGUUGUUCGAGGACGGGGGUCACGGAUCCCGUGGUCCAGAUGUUGAUUCGGCAAACGCUUUCUGGUGCAGCGUACCAGUCAUGAUCCAGCACCAUGUGUUCACUAUCAGGAGGACCGUACUGAGCUGUGCCCAUAAGUGGCCAUACCAUCGAAAGAUUACCCCACGUGGUGGAGGGCAGCUCUCUGCACUGUUCUGUUCGUUCGUGAGUUCUUGGAGGGGGCCACCGAGCGGACCUACGUUCAGCGAGGCUCUUGCAGCGUAUGGCACACAGGCCGAAGCAGAUCCUCUGGCACGCCAUUAUACUUACGCUUUGCGUGGGUCGCAGACAGGACUUUGGUACAUUGGUUCCAGAACGUCCGAACGCAGUUUCUUCUCCAGAAGCGGACACAAGUUACAUGGGGUCUUCAAGCGAUGCGCAGUUCAAGCAAGAUCGAAAGCACAAGCUUAUAUUGACGAAGCAUAGCACGCGCGCUGAUGCUGUGCAGGCGGAGUGCUUCUUCCACGAGUUUUACAACGUAGGCGCAAACAGUGAGUUUGCCAACCGGGCACGGCAGACAUCAAUUGGGUUUGACCGUCAGGGUGUGCAGCACAGUGAAAGCUCAAAGCGAAAGAUGAGUGCGGCCAAGCGUGGGGACCGACAUCAUCUCUUUGGAAAGAACCACAGCGAGGAGACAAAGAAAAAGAUCAGUGCGGCAAAGCGAGGACAGACCUUCAGCGAGGAGACGAAGCAGAAGAUGAGUGCGGCUAAGCGUGGGGACCGACAUCCUUUCUUUGGAAAGAACCACACUGAAGAGUCAAAGAAAAAGAUGAGCGAGACCCGGCAAGGAAAGACCCUCAGCGAGGAGACGAAGAAAAAGAUGAGCGAGGCUCGACGAGGAAAGCUUCACAGCGAGGAGACGAAGCAGAAGAUGAGUGCGGCUCAUCGUGGGGACCGAAACCCGUUCUUUGGGAAGAACCACAGCGAGGAGUCAAAGAAAAAGAUGAGCGAGGCCCAGCGAGGAAAGACCCUCAGCGAGGAGACAAAGAAAAAGCUGAGCGAGACCCGACGAGGAAAGCUCCCCAGCGAUGAGACGAGGCAAAAGAUGAGCGCGGCUAAGCGUGGGGACCGACAUCCUUUCUUUGGAAAGAACCACACCGAAGAGUCAAAGAAAAAGAUGAGCGAGACCCGGCGAGGAAAGAUCCUCAGCGAGGAGACGAAGAAAAAGAUAAGCGAGGCCCUGCGAGGAAAGCCCCACAGCGAGGAGGCGAAGCAGAAGAUGAGUGCUGCUAAGCGUGGGGACCGACAUCCUUUCUUCGGAAAGAACCACACUGAAGAGUCAAAGAAAAAGAUGAGCGAGACCCGGCAAGGAAAGACCCUCAGCGAGGAGACAAAGAAAAAGAUUAGCGAGAGCCAGCGAGGAAAGACCCGGAGCGAGGAGACGAAGCAACGGAUGCGUACGGCGAAGCGUGGGGACCGAACCCCCCUCUCAGGAAAGCACCGUGCCGAUGAGACGGAGAGAAGGACAAGUAAGCCGACGUGCGGGCAGCAGCUCUGACGAGACGAAGCAGCGCACAGGCCAGGCUUCGCGCGGGAGCCGAGGAAGCGGCCGAUGGAGUAAGCCUGUGCGCGGGGCUGGCGCCCUCCCCUCGGAGGGCGGCGCGUGCAGGAGGCGAGGCAGAAGCUAUGAGAGCGAAGCUGAGCGAGGUGCGAUCGGCCUCCCCCUCUUCGGGAGCCAGCCGCACUGAGGAGGCCGAGGGCCCUGCGCCACGAAGCUCGGACAUCCCUGGCCGCCGGCGCACGGAGGCAGUGGGCAAGCGGGCCCUGUGCGGGAGGAGCGGAGCCUGCCUUCCGAGAGCAAAGAGGAGAGAGUAGGCGCCCCGGUGGGCCCUGCGGAGCCCCGGGGCCCCAAGCGCAGCCGACGCGCGGAGGCGGCAGAGGACGAGCGGGCCCCGUGCAGCGCCAGAUAGGCACGCGGUCGCCCUCGUCACCACGGCGCCGACCUUGGCGCCUGCUCAGCCUGUAGGCCGCCGCCGCCGCCGUGCCGCGGCGCCCAGCUCCGGGGCGCCGCCGCGCGGGGCGAG